UCAGUCAUCAAAUAAAGCAGCUGACUGCAGGUCGAUACAGACACUCUUGCUGUAGAUUCUGUCACUCGAAGACACAAUAACUCUGGUCUGGUCAUGUAUGUCAAAUCCAUACUAUGGGUCCUACUCAUCAUCUCUGUCCAGGAAGUCUUCCUGCAGUAUGAGGAGUAUGAAACAUAUGAGGAUCCACAGCCUUUGAACUGCUCGACCACAGAGAGGAUCAAAGGAGGAAAUGUCACCUACUCACAGGGAGGGCUGGAGGGCAGCGUGCUGACUUAUCACUGCGGCCCCGGCAGAUACCCUUUCCCAGUCAGCUCCAGGCUCUGCAGUGCUGAUGGGGAGUGGUCGACAAUGAGAUUAACCAAUGGCAGGCCAAUAUCACGGGCCCAUUGCAAAGACGUGUUGUGUCCGGCUCAGCUCCAGCUGGAUAAUGGGGACUUUUGGCCCACGGACCAGUGGUCCCGUGUUGGGAUGACGCAGAGCUUCUCCUGCCAGGAAGGGUUCACUCUGUCGGGGUCAGCCCAAAGGAACUGCACUCCCUCUGGGUGGUGGACAGGAACCACUCCCAUCUGUGACAACCAUGCUGACGACUGCAGGGACCCAGGGACCCCACCAGGGGCCCAGAGAUCAGGAGGGUCGUUUAACACAGGGGAGAAGGUGGUCUAUCGUUGUCAGUCGGGUCUGGAUCUACUGGGGUCAGCUGAAAGAAUUUGCCUGGAGGACAGGGAGUGGAGCGGUUCAACACCACGGUGCCAAGCCCCAAAUACCUUUGACUCCCCCAGCGUUGUGGCAGCAGCCAUGGCGGGCUCACUCGCAGGAGUCAUGGAUGUCCUCUCACCAGAAUAUAAAAAGAAAGAAUCAGACACAUCCUUUGGCCGAACCUUCCGUGUGUCUGAAGGCAGUCGUAUGAAUGUCUACAUCUUACUGGACACAUCAGGAAGCAUCACGGAGAAGAACUUUAACUUAUCCAGGGAUGCCACUAUUGCUCUGAUUAGAAAGUUGGACAGCUACGAGGUUCAGCUGAAGUUCCAUGUGUUGUCAUUUGCCAGUCAGGCUAUAGACAUUGUAGAUAUCAGAGACUCAGAUAUUAGCAGUAAUGCCGACGACGUCAUAUGGGAUCUGGAGCACUUUAACUACCGCAGCCAUGGGAGACAGACAGGCACCAACCUGCAUGCUGCCCUGUUACGAGUUAGUGAGAGGAUCAGCAUGUUUAAGAUAAACAGUGCCAAAAACCAUUUUAAUGAGACUCAGAACAUCAUCAUCAUAGAAACAGAUGGUUACUCCAAUACAGGCAAGAACCCUGAGAUCGCCCUGGCCCAGAUCCGGAACCUGCUGGGCUACCACACAAGAACCAGUGAUCAUACAGCUGAAACAAUGCUGGAUGUCUAUGUGUUUGGUAUUGGCGAUCGAAAUAACAAAGAUCAGCUGAAUUCCUUGGCCUCACACAAACGAGGCGAGGAUCACAUCUUCUUUCUGGAAGACUUCAGAAAACUGGGGGAGGUGUUCAACAGCAUCAUUAGUGACAAGAGUGUGACAGUGUGUGGGGUAGCUCAGGAAUUGGUGACAUCGGGUAAGAAAGCCUUCACCAGACCCUGGCACAUCAUUCUGGAAUCAGCCACAGUUGGCAGACAGACAUCGCCGUGUGUUGGAUCCAUUGUGAGCCCGAACUGGGUUCUGACAGCUGCUCACUGCUUUGCCAAAGCGAGCACAGAAAAACGUCAGGAGAGGCGCUUACGUCACGGUGAGGUCGAGGUUGUUCUCAAAAACGUGAUCAUGCACCCAAAGUACAACACCAGGGCGCUCAAUCAUAGAAACGUAUCAGAGUUCUAUGACUACGAUGUAGCUCUGGUACAGGUGAAAACUAUCCCUCUCUCCAGUGAAGUCAGACCGAUCUGCUUGCCGUGUACCGUACCAGCCAGCCGAGCCAUGAAGAAAGUUAACUCCACCUGUCAGCAGCACAGAAAGGAGCUCCUACCACUCGCGGUGACUCCUGCCUUUUUUAUCCAGAAGGACUCCAGAGAAGCAACUUAUAUUCAGACAGAGAGUCAGAGGUGCAGCUGUGUGGAGAAGGCGUUGCAAACACUUAAAGAGCCCACCAAUGUGACUUUGGAUGAGUAUGUACCAGACAGAUUCCUCUGUUCCGGAGGAUCCACAGGAUACCAGCACACUAUCGCCUGUAAAGGUGACUCAGGUGGAUCCCUGUUUCUGCAGAAAAGACAGCGCUACUUUCAGGUGGGAGUGGUGAGCUGGGGCACUACUCACGUAUGUGACCAAGGGGGCAGCAGAGUCACACCACCUGCUGAUGCUCGAGACUUUCACAUCGACCUGUUCAAGAUAAUGCCGUGGCUGAAAAAGCAUCUGGGCGAAGAGAUUGAGUUCCUUCCUGAUGUCAAGUGAGAACAUCUGAUCAGCUGAGAACUGCGUACAUUAAGUCACAAUUAUGUUUUACAGAGUAAAGAAUUCAGUAGAGUUCUUACAGCGUUUUAAGAGUCAAAUUAAACCACUGAAUGAACAGAAUUUUCCAGACUCUCUCAGCCUUCAAUUAAAUUGUCAUUAAAUGCAGUUGUGAAGAAUAAAGUUUACAGAAUUCAUCUUAUUUUACCAGAUGUUUAUAUUAUCUUUGAUUGUAUGCUUGAAUCAUGAUUAAGUAAAGCUCAAGGAGUCAACAAAUAAGUAUGGUGGU